AUGCGUUCCUUCGCACCCCUCACCAUCCCCAACCUCGACCGCCAUCCACCACUACCAUCACCGUCAUCACUUCCAACCAUGGACACAGCAGAUCAAACUGCCGCUCCGUCAGCCACUGCUUCGGCGGAUGUCGUCGUGGAUCCAUCCGUCUCUGAGCCGACCUCGCUUCCUGCCACCACGACUGGUGAUCAGCUUCCAGAUGCCACGUCGCAGCCACAGACUCAUGACGCCGAGCCGGCACAGACAGCAUCUUUGGCCUCCUCCGAACAGCAGGCAUCACAACCUGUGCUCGCCGCUACCACUGCAGUCGACUCCAGCACAGCACAAAUUGCUCCAGCACCACCAACACAACCUGUAACAUCGAUCGUCGAGCAGCCAAACGUGCAAGAACUCCAGCAGCACGCGCCUGCCGCCAACACCACACAUCCUCCAUCCGCCGAAGCUGCACCAGCCCAGGUAGCCGCUCAAUCGAUAGAGCCUGUGCCUACUUCCUUGCCGCAACCCUCGAGCACGCACACCGCUGAGGGCUUGGCAGCUGCGCCGGCCGCAGCUUCAGCCACUCAACCAGAUCUCCAAGUUGCAGACGCUCCACAGCAAGCUGCUCAGGCGCCACAAGCACCAUCCAGCGCGACUCAGGAGCCAGCAUCGACUACAGCGACUGCACUGCCGCAAGUCGUGCCGGCAGUGACGGCGGACCUUUCGGCCCCAGCCAAGGAUACAACGCCCGCUGUUGUUCCUCAACCAGAAGCUGCUCCUGCCUCGGCACAGCUGCCAGAACCAGUCGCUGGCUCUACUACUGCCGACGCUUCUGGUACCGCAAGCACAGCCGAGCAGGCGGGUGAUGCGUCGAGCGCACCCAAGGAAGCGCCGACGCAGCCCGAGCAUCCGCCGACAACCGUAUCUGCAGUUCCGGCUGAAGCCACUCAAUCUGCUGGCGAAAGCGCACCAGCUGCCUCGACAGACGCAUCCAACCCCGUCCAGGUCCCCGCUGCUUCUGCCGACUCCACGGCUGAAGCAGCAGCUUCCGCAUCUGCACCCGUCGAUACGGCCGCUAAUCCUGCCUCGGCACCGCACACACCGCAAAAGAAAGCAGGCUCGGAAGCGUCGGUGCCAUCCACACCCACACGGGAGGGCCGAGUGGCGCUGUUGCUGCGCAUCAACAAGGAGCUCAUCCGGCUGUGCGUCGAGUUGCAGGCCAAGCAGCUUGUUUCGGACCCAGUCUACCGCGAGGCGGCGGUGCGUCUGCAAGCCAAUUUGGGCUAUCUUGCCGGUAUCGCGGAUAAGAGCGGUAAGAAUGCGGAUUCAAACCGGCCUGCAGCGCCCAGUGCAGCUCUGCCGAAGCUCGAGCCGUUCCCGCGCAGCGAGCAUGUGCCGGCGUCGCCGGUCGCAGCACUGUACGACAAGCUCAUUGCGAUGUUGGGCUCGACGCAGCGAGAGUCGCCGGUGGCGGAGGGCAAGAAGCGUUCGCGCGGAGCUAGUGCGGAGGAUGACGAGCGCAAGAGGGCGCCGAGUAGAGGUGCCGGUUCGCAGGAUGUCUCGGCGGCUGGUACGCCUUCGUCAAACCCACCUGAUACACAGGUUGCAGCACCAUCCAGUCAGUCAGGUGAACAAGCGCAAGUGGGUCAGGAGCAGGGCAAGGGGCCUGAUUUAUCGCUUGCGCCUCCGGUGCCGAUAGUCCCACCCGGGGCUGCGCAGGCCAUGCCGAACAAUCCGCAGGCACAGGCGUUGAUGCAGGCCUUCGGACCCAAUGCGCUAGUGAAUCUGCAUGCGCUGCAGUCGCAUCUGCGGGGGCAGGGCACACAUCCGUGGGUGGCGUACAUGGAGGCGAAUAUGGCCGGCUUCAAGACGAUGCCUCUGCAGGUGCAGUUGCAGCACAUGACCUCGCUCCAAAACGCAGCUUCUCAGCGACAAAAAGGACAACCCUCGACGGUUGCGAGUCCUUCGAGCGCGGCGAACGGAGGUGUGGGUGUUUCGAGUCCUGCAGCGAGACCCGUUAGUGGGCAUUCGAAUAGCCCGGGACAGCCCAGUCCGAGCUUUGGGCUGCAGGGCGCUGGACCGAGGACGGGGACGGGCACGCCCACGGCGCAGUUCCAACAAAGACCCGGAAGUUCAGGGUCGGUGGGCAGUACGGGUGGCAGGGCGAGGCAGACUUCGUCGGCGUUGGAUCCGUCACAGUUGCAGGGGCAAAGCCCCGCAUCGGGGCAGGACUCCACACAGCCAAUGUUUGGAUUUCAACCUCCAGCUGCUGCGUCGCCGGGACAGCAACAGCAACCCCAGCCACAGCAGGGACAGAUGCAGGCAUUGCAGGGCAUGCCAGGUAUGCCGGGUAUGCCCAACUUUCAGAACCUGCCACCUCACCUGCAGCAGCAGAUCAGAAACCAGUACAUGGCUCACCUCCAGGCGCAGGGCAUGAAUCUGCCCCAAGGCUUCAGUCCACAGACACAACAACAGCAACAGCAGCAGCAGCAGCAGCAGCAGCAGCAGCAGGGGUGGGACUUUCAGUCGCCACAAUGA